AGCAACAGAAAUUGUCUGUCAAAGUGCCAUCAUGAACCAGUGAGAUGCUUGGACCUGGCCCAUUCCCUCGUGCUCACGCCGUACUACCUCGAAUUUGACACCACCCUCUCCUAUCCCCACCACUGAGAUCCCCGUUGCAGUUCACUUUCUGGCUUCAGACCCGUUCAUGGCUGCUUGAUGGGGCAAUUCCUUCGGACAAGCUUUGCCGGACGCUGCAGGUCACCGACUUUAUAAAACCUCUCCCCCACCCACCAGUCGAGCGUCUUCCUGCUGCUGAUUGUCGCCGCUGUUGGUAGGGUAUCCCGUGGUCUCGUGCCCCCGGCUGGCUAACGUUGCCCCUCCUGCUGCUUCCCCCUUGCUUUCUCUCUAAAUUUUUUACUCACUCCUGAACUUGUCCAAGUUAGACCUAACUGUCAGUUUCAGAGACUGCAAUUUGAUUCUACACAAUGAUGGAUCGCGGUGAUGAGAAGACCAAGGAGCUGGUGGUCUCGCCGCACGGUGACCCUCACAUCGAUGAGGAUCCCUUGGCCGACACCCAGAAAUCCUUCUGGGAGCGCAGCUGGCCUACCUUUGCCUGCGGUGCUGGUUUGUGGUCGGACGGAUACUUGCAAUAUGUCAUCGGUACCGUCAACACCAUGCUCGAUCAAAUUUAUCCCAAGAUCUACGCUGGCUCCACCUACAGUCAGAAUGUCUCGUCCAUCGCUUUCGCCGGCACUGUCGUUGGCAUGCUCUUCUUUGGCUACCUCUCCGACCACUGGUCUCGAUCCAACACCCUGAUGGUCUCCACCGUCAUCCUAUUCGUGUUCGGUGCCCUCUGUGCCGGUGCCUACGGCCACAAUGGCAGCCUUCCCGGCAUGUUCACGGCCCUGACGGUCUAUCGCUUCUUCUUGGGUCUGGGUGUCGGAGGUGAAUACCCUGCUGGGUCCGUCGCCGCCGCUGAGAGCAGUGGAGAACUGGCUGAGGGCACCCGGCACCGCUGGUUCAUUCUUUUCACCAACUUCCAACUCGAUCUGGCAUCUGUUGCGUCGUCACUUGUGCCCAUGAUCGUUGUGCUCGCUACUGGAGAGAACCAUCUGCGUGCUGCCUGGCGUAUCUGUUUAGGUCUCGGUGUCAUCCCUCCGCUCAGUCUAAUCUACCUGCGGAUGAAGCUGAAGGAACCCGCCGAGUACACGCGCGAGAAGAUGAACAAGUUUCCCGUCUGGCUGAUUGUCAAAUUCUAUUGGAAGCGCUGGUGCGUCGUCGCCUUGAUCUGGUUCAUCUACGACUUCUCCACCUACUCCUUCAGCAUCUACUCGUCCGCCUGGCUGGCUGAUAUCAUCGGCGAUAAUGCGCCCAUGUGGCAGACGCUCGGUUGGAACACCCUAAUCAACGUCUUCUACUUGCCCGGCUCCGCUCUGGGCGCAUUUCUCAGUGAUUGGUACGGUCCGCGCAACACACUGGCAUUCGGAGUGUUCGUCCAGGGAGCCAUCGGUCUGAUCAUGACCGGAUGCUAUCCCUACCUGGACACCCCUCACUAUGUAGCCGCCUUUGUCGUUGUCUAUGGCAUCUUCCUCGCCAUGGGCGAAGUCGGCCCCGGCGACAACAUCGGUCUUUGUGCAGCCAAGACCUGCGCGACGCCCAUUCGCGGCCAGUACUAUGGCACCGCAGCGGCCAUGGGCAAAGUGGGCGCUUUCGUCGGCACCUACGUUUUCCCGAUUAUUGUCAAGAAUGCUCCGAACAAGGUCCGCCAGGGCCAGGAUCCGUUCUACGUGUCCAGUGCUCUGUGUAUCUUUAGUGCUUUUCUGGCAUUUUUCUGUCUACCUCAUAUUGGCCAGGAUACUAUCACGCAUGAGGAUGCUCGCUUCCGCGCUUAUCUCGAAUCCCAUGGGUAUGACACCUCUAGCAUGGGCACGACGGGUGGCCAGAGGCAGACGACGCAGUGAAAGUAUAAGUAUGCAUUUGAUUGACGAGUUGAACGAGCUAUGUCACCAUGUAUCCUAUCCUAAUUUUCAUUCCGACUAAAAGUGUAUUCUUUGAUCAUGAGCAUACAAGUUACGGUACAUAAUUCUAAUGAGCUUAUUACGGGGAUAGAAACUGAAGCAUCCUUUGCUCCAACGCAGUCUAUAUCUUAUCGCAAUCAGUACCCAAUCAUCCAUCUAUCACCUUUUCGCUGCAUAACCAGUAUCUAAAUAAUACCGAUAUCUGUAGCAAACCACUCCGACAGAGAUAGCAUACUACUACUCAGU